CUGCAGGGAAACUUUGGUAUGCGUGGUAACCAAAGUAUCGGGUGUGACGACCCCGCAGAUCCCAGUCAUUACUAGGGCUUACGAUUUACUAAGAGUAUUUAAAAUACACGGUUACACGCGUAGACGUGUGGUUUAGUACAGUAUUUAAAAUACACGGUUACACGCGUAGACGUGUGGUUUAGUAUACGUGUAUUAUUAAACACCGGAUCAAUACACGGGAUUCAUAAUUACACGUGUACCCGUGUAUUUUAAAUACUCAUAGGAAAUCGUAAGCCCUAGUCAAUACCUCGUUCGGGAUCAUCGGUCCCGUGAACGAUACUUUCACGAACCAAUGUUCGGAAAGUAUCUUAGAGGUAUAAACCACUGCAGGGAAACUUUAGUAUGCUCGGCAACUAAAGCUUCGGGUGUGACGACCCCGCAGAUCCCAGUCAUUACUAGGGCUUACGAUUUACUAAGGGUAUUUAAAAUACACGGUUACACGCGUAGACGUGUGGUUUAGUAUACNGGAAAGUAUCUUAGAGGUAUAAACCACUGCAGGGAAACUUUAGUAUGCUCGGCAACUAAAGCUACGGGUGUGACGACCCCGCAGAUCCCAGUCAUUACUAGGGCUUACGAUUUACUAAGGGUAUUUAAAAUACACGGUUACACGCGUAGACGUGUGGUUUAGUAUACGUGUAUUAUUUAACACCGGAUCAAUACACGGGAUUCAUAAUUACACGUGUACCCGUGUAUUUUAAAUACUCAUAGGAAAUCGUAAGCCCUAGUCAAUACCUCGUUCGGGAUCAUCGGUCCCGUGAACGAUACUUUCACGAACCAAUGUUCGGAAAGUAUCUUAGAGGUAUAAACCACUGCAGGGAAACUUUAGUAUGCUCGGCAACUAAAGCUUCGGGUGUGACGACCCCGCAGGUCCCAGUCGAUAUAAGGGCUUACGAUUGUUUACGUGUGUUAUAAAUACACGUGUUUAAUAAUUAAACGUGGACCCGUGUAUUUAGUUCACAUGAUAUCGUAAGCCCUUUUCGAUACCUUGUUCGGGAUCGUCGGUCCCGUGAACGAUACUUUCACGAACCAAUCUUCAGAAAGUAUUUUAGAGGUGUACUCCCUGUUUCGGUUGAUUCGGGACUGAUCAGGGCCAAAAAAUCCAAUUUCACGCAUUGGUCUGGAAUAAAAUAUCGCUGACAAGAUAUUUCCGUAAAAUGUAGGUUGUGAUUUUCUAUAAUCUUUAAUACGCCAAUCAUUAGCGGUAUAUAAUAGGUAUUAUUAUAAGAAGACCUAUUAAGGAAAAGAAAUGAGGAACCUUUGGUUAAUCCAACCUACAAAAAAAAUGUGUAAACAAUCUGAAAAAAAAUUAAAUAAAAAAAAAACGGAAAAAAUCAUUAUGAAAAAAAAAUACGAAAAAUUGUUUAAAAAAAAAAUUUAUUGAAUCUACCAUUUGAUCCGCGUGCACUGCGGACUCGAGAUUGCCGUGUCAACUACUUCGACGUUUCGUAUUCGUACCCGGAGGGCUUCCCGAAAGCCACCGAAGACCUGAAUAAAAAUGACUUCGGCUGUUAGGGACACGGACCCACGUUGUUUGAGAACAUGUACCGAGUAACCACAGUGAGUACAUAUUUGGUUUUUUGUAUUUAUGUAUUAUUAUUUUUUAUUUUUAUAUAUACGUCUUGUCGGCCCGUCCCGUUAUGACUUCAGUCAAUCAUAACUACGGUUUAACGGUUUUCUUGUUGCGUGUGUGUUCCGUGUAGAAAUUCGUCGAAAAUUUUAGCCGCGGGUCGAACACCGAGUACACUGGCACCAACAUUACCGCACGGCAUUGCUUCAUGCCCGUGUUCGUAGACGCGUAUACGAGCGAUAUCGAGCCGCACUUUGUGGCUCUUCCCGUCGUCCGAAAAGUCAUUCUGGGCCACGUGGCACACCACCGAGCUGGAAACAAUCAUCACCGGGUUCUUCCUGCAAACUUCAAUGGUGAGGUUUUAAACAACGCGGUGGUUCUUAGGUGAAAGGUUUUUACCACCGCUCUCAGGCGACCAUUUUGCCGGUCUAUACUAACCGUGCCGCCCUCCCGUUAUUGAUAUUUUCCAGGCACUAACGAUUGGACUCGCCCAGAAGAAUAUCGAUUUGAUGAAGGUAACGAAGAACACGCUUGGCCUUGCUAAACAGGCCAAAGAACUGCAACUGAAACCCAUGGAUAAAGCCACGGUCAAUUAUUAAAAUUGACAAAGACCACGCAUCGUACACGUUUCGUCGAUCGCAACAUCGUCACCGGUUCGCGGUUGAAUGGUUAAAAGUUAGUUUAUACGUUUUUAUGCUCAAUUAGUUUGUUACUUUUAGUUGUAGUAUAUUUAUUAUUAUUAUUAUUAUUAUUAUUAUUAUUUUAUUAAUCAACAUAAAGGGCAAGUAAAUUAGGUUAGGUUUAUUUAAUUAUUAAUUAUAUAUUUGAGGUAUUAGUGAUAAAAUUCCUAGGAAAAGAUAAAUAUAGGCAUAUUUUUCUACGUUUUUAUUUUAUUUUUGAAUUUUCGUUUCCAUUAUUUGAUUCGUGGUCAGCGUAAUCAAUAAUAAUUGUUGCGGUGAUCACGUUUUCUCUGCAGCGACAAAAAAUCUUAAUAAGAUUUAAAUUCAUUAACUAUAGGUAAAAAUGGCAUUUUUGCAAAGGUUGAUCAUUACCCGCGAAUUAUACGGAGUCUUGAUCAACGCAUAAGCUAUUAAGUUAAGUAAGUUAAGUAAGUUAAGUUAAGUAUAAUUAAGGUUGUUUUUUUUCUAAAUUUCUCUAUCCAAAUGUAUUGGCAUUAUUGUCUUUACCCUUCAUCGAUUUAAUAAUUAUGAUUUUUGAUCACGAUGUGACAUCUUAACAUAAUUAUUUUUAGGUUAAGUUUUUGUAAAUAAUUUUCUUCACCGCCUAUGAUGUCCCACUGUACGCGUCACGGUUCGCUCCGUCGUCUCGUUUAGUGAGAUUUUAUCAAUAUAGGUAAAUCAAAUUUCACAUGCUUAGUGUUGAUCAUGUACAGGCAAAUAAAAUGCGGUCAUGAUCAAUUGAUAAGUUAGGUUAAUUAACAGAUAAGUAAUCAUCUGAAACACUUUAUUUAAUAAAGUUGUUAUUAUUUAAAAAGUGUAUAAUACAGUUUUUGAUUACGUAGCAUUUUUUUUUAAACGGCUUUUCGUCAUAACAACGUAGUUUGUUAAUUAAAGUCUUUUAAUUUAUUUUGGUCGGUUAAGUCUUAUAAAGUAAGACACUUGCGGUUAGGCUAAGACUAGGCUAUGUUUUAAUUAUAUUUUUUUUACUAAAUUUUCCUAUUUAAAUGUAUUGGCAUUAUUGUCCAUACCCUUCAUAGAUUAAAUAAUUAUGAUUUUUAAUCACGAUGUGACAUCGUUAAGACGGCUAUUCGUUAUGAAACCAUAAUUAUUUAUAGGUUAAGUUAGGUUAGUUAACAGAUAAGGAAUCGUCUGAAACACUUUAUUUAAUAAAGUUGUUAUUAUUUAAAAAUUGUAUAAUUCCUCUUUUGAUUACGUAGCAUUUUUUUUAAACGGCUCUUCGUGAUAAUAACUUAGUUUUAUUAAUUAGAGUCUUUUAAUUUAUUUUGACCGGCUAAGUCUUAUUAAGAAGGACACUUGCGGUUUAGGCUAAGUCUAGGCUAAGUUUGAAUUUUAUUUAUUUCUCUAUUUUUUUUUUUUCUAAAUUUUCCUAUUUAAAUGUAUUGGCAUUAUUGUCCUUACCCUUCAUCGAUUAAAUAAUUAUGAAUUUUGAUCACGAUAUGAUAUCGUUAACACGGCUAUUCGUGAUAAAACCAUAAUUAUUUAUAGGUUAAGUCUUUGUAUAUUAUUAUCUUCUAUAUACCUGUCAGCUCCCACGAAAAUGCGUCGCGGUUUACUCCGCAGUCUCGUUCAGUGGGACAAGGUUCAUAUGUAGAGAAAAUAUUAAUAUAUAAGAGAUGACGAGGAGACUGAAAAAUCUCUAGUUAUCAUUUUCUUGGUAGAGUUUUGUUUUUUAUACAUUUAUGUGUCUCGUGUAUCAUCAGAGUAACUAUUAGAAUACUUUUCUAUAGAUAUAGAAUAUGAAUAAAAAAGAAAAUUCAAAAAAAAAAAAAUUGUUUUAUUCUAUAUUUCACGAUGUUAUCCAUAAAAAAUUUAAUAAUUUUGAUACACGGUUAAACGUGUUCCAAGCUAAAUUUAGGAUAAUUUAUCUAAAUUAGUUUUUUUUUGUUUAUAUAUAAAUGUUAUCUUUUACAUGAAAUCCAUAAAUUAGAUAAAUUUAGUUGUUGAUAAAGACGUGACUUUAAACAGUUAACCCUUUAUCAAAACAUAAUUUGUAAGCCUUGAAAAUAAUUAAUUUAAAUAAUAAAUCCGGCGAUAAGUUAAGUUUUCUUACAAAUUAAAUAAAUUCAAAACUCAAUAAAACGCGUCCGAUUCGCGUCGGCAAUUAUUAUAGUGGCUAUAAGUUUAGGCUAAGUUGAAUCUAAGUGUUUUUUUUUUUCAAAUUUGUUCUAAGUUUUUAACUUACUCAAAACACGAACCAUCGACGUGAAUGAUAUGUACACCAAAAUAAUACCAAAGCGGUUUAAGGUCGCUUAACGUUCCUCUAUCGUAGCGACACUGUCUAAUAAGUUAAACAAUCGCUAAUCAUAAUCACAAAAAUAGUUUUUCACAUCAGUUUUUCAGCUUAGACACGAAAAUUAAAUUAAUCAUUCCGAUUAAAGUAAUGAAGUACGUUCUCUUUUAUUAUUUAAUUAAUUUUACUCUAUAAUACAUUAUAGGCGAUAAAUAAUUAAAAUAGACGAAAAUAAAAAAAAAAACGUAGAAUAAGAUUAAGUCUCGAUCCCUGUUCGAAAUAAUUAUCAUAAGUUAUAAUGUAUCAUUAUAUUAAUAAAUUAAAUUAUAAAUUAUUAAUCAAAAUUAAUAAUUAAUUUGAAAUAUCUAAAAAAAAAAAUAAAUUGUAAAUCGACAAAAAAUAUCACAUGUGAUUUAAAUGUGUUCGCAUUGUAGAAACUGAAAUUAACCAUAUUAAUUGUAAGCGCUCUAUGGGCAAUCUUUGUUUUUUUUUUUUAAAAUUAUUUUAUUUAAGGACUUUUAUUAUUGUUGUAAACGAAAUCGAUUCUCAUUUCCCUAUUUGCAACAGCUAAUCAUUAAACUGCACAGAGACUUUUUUAACCAAUCAAAGGACUUAUGUACUGUGAAAUUGUUAUCGUAUUGUAUUAUCGUGUCGUGUAUAAUAAUUAAACUGUACGUAUGUUUAUUUGACCAUA